AUGGGUUUGCUCCUGAAGAUUUUAAUCCCCUUGCUGGGAGCAGCACUGGCCUUUCAUUUUUAUUCAGCACCUAAGAAUUUUUCUCCAGAGAUGCUCCGGGGGAAACGGGUGAUCGUGACAGGAGCCAGCAGUGGCAUUGGGGAGCAGAUGGCAUAUCACCUGGCACGCAUGGAGGCACACCUACUGCUCACAGCACGGACUGAGGCCAAGCUGCAGAAAGUUGUGGAGCGAUGCCUCGAGCUGGGUGCUGCCUCUGCUCACUACAUCAGUGGCUCUAUGGAGGACACCACAUUCCCCUACAGGGUGGUGGAGGAGGCUGAGAACACCUGGGGUGGCCUCGAUAUGCUCAUCCUAAAUCAUGUCAGUUACUUUGACUUCAACUUCUUCAAUGGGAAUGUUGAGCAAGUACGAAUACUCAUGCAGAUCAACUUCCUCAGCUACGUGGCCAUGGCCACAUCUGCCCUGCCCAUGCUGAAGGAGAGUGAGGGCAACAUCGUGGUGGUUUCAUCCAUGGCAGGUAAAACUGGUGUCCCAUUUAUUGCUCCUUAUGCCGCAACUAAGUUUGCCUUAGAUGGAUUUUUCAGCUCCUUGCGCCAGGAAUUCGUCAUGGACAAGGUCAAUGUCUCCAUCACACUCUGUGUCCUGGGCUACAUCAACACAGAGAAUGCUGUGCAAGCCAUUUCCCAUGUCAUCCGGGACACGCCAGCGCCGAAGGAGGAGUGUGCACUGGAGAUCAUCAAGAGUGGAGUGCUGCGCCAGAGGGAACUGUACUACCCCUCUGGGCUGUUGAGCAGCAUGGUCCUCCUCCGGAGCAUAGCCCCUGAAUUCCUUGAUUCCACAGUCAGGAGCAGCUAUAACGUGGAAAACCUCAGAAGAAGAUAG